AUGACAAGUUGUAGCACAGUUAAAGUAACCGCGCGAUCUGAAAUUUGGUCUAACAGUGUAUAUGGAUUUUGGCUUCUUCGUUGCUUGGUAGCUGCUCAUCAUAUGAUAGAUAGAUUUGCAGGUGAAAGAGAUAUUUGCCAAUCAGUUGGUGUGGAAUUGUUGUCGUCUGUUUAUGGUAAUGUACCAUGUGCACUUCAUUUGUACAAUAAUAUAUGGCGAGACGCUCAAGAAAAACUAUCGGAUAUUUUAGCUCGUGAACCCAAUCCAGAAACUCAAAAGCCUGAAAAGGAUCGUACCAUAGCUUUUCAAUCACUAGCCACAUUUUAUAUCAAGUACAUACAAAUCUUUCGAAAUCUGGAACGGUGUUAUGAUCAGAUCGUCCACCCACAAAAAAGGCGUCUUCUUAGAACCCUCCUAGAUUCAAUAAUUGGGAGGUUUCUGGAGAUAAAAAAAGAAAUGGUGAAACUGGAACUUUCUGAAUAUCAUUAUUUUGAUGAUAUACUAAUAGAUUUAAAACUUACACCAAAUGACGUUGAAAUACCAAUACCAAAGUACUUUGUCAAUGAAAAUUUUAGAGCGCUAAGGGAUAGAGAGCAGUUCUUGGAUCAUCUACUAUCAAGCACGAAAACGGAUGAAACAAAGGAUGAGGGAAUUUCGAUGUCAGUUGACCAAGCUGUACUCCUCAUUCAAAGACAUGAACGCGCACGUCAAGGCAGAAUAAGAGCCAGAUUUAUGAAAGAAAUUCGUCGGCUGGAAGGAUCAGAAAAAAGUAGAGGUAAAGAGAGAAUAUCUUACACAAGUGAUGAGGCUGCAACUAUUAUUCAAAAGUUAUGGCGAGGUUUUAUAUGUCGUAAGAAAGUUGGGGUAAUGCGCAAAGAAGAACUUAUAUGGCUUGGUAUGGUACCAACAAAUUUACAUCACAUUGUACAAAAAUCUAGUGUGGUUAAAUUGGCUAAUCGUGUGGAUGCAGUGCGUAGAGUAACACAGAAUAUCUAUGAACAAGAAUAUCAACAAGCAUUGAUUCAGGUAAAAGAGAAAAUUCGGGAUACCGAAGGUCCAGAUAUGCGUGAAGCGAUGCAAGAUCAAAUACGUCAGUGGUUUAUUGAAUGCAGAGAUGCAACUGGAAAAUUUCCUGACUAUCCAGAUGAGGAUGAAGGAGGUUCUGCAUUAAUUUUCAAGGAGAAAACACCAGAAGAAUUAGAAAGAGAACUGAGAGAAAAAGAUGAGGCAAGUCAAAAAUCGAAAGGUAAAAGCAGCGGAAAAAGCAAAAAUAAACCGUCACCUAAAAAGAAUGAUAAACAAAAGAAAAAAGGAGAAGAGGAAACAGAAGGAUUCAAAUUCUCACCAUCAGCAUUUCUUGCUGAAAUACAUGAGGGAUGUCAUAAUUAUCAAGCAUUAUGGAAAAAUCGUGAUGAAUCUGACAAUUUUCAACAACAUUAUGAUGAGGAAAUUAUCAAAGAAGAUAAACGUUUAGAAGUUGAAACAGAAAUACGAGUUCAGGUUGAUGAAUUACUUCGUGAAGAGUUGAGAAAUUUAAAAAUUGCAAUUGACAAAGAACGUGUUCAACGAAAGAAGAAAAAACGUGCAAAGAAAGGCAGAAAAGGUAAAAAAGGCAGAAGAAAAAAGGAGAAAGACCUUACACCGGACAGAACAUUGAUCUCACUUUUUGAAGAAUUGGUAUUAGCUGGAAUAAUUAGAAAAGUUGAAAAAUACUCAAUGAAUGAAUAUUCUGGGGAAUAUUCUUAUUUAGGUACAACGUUAAGACAAGCCAAUCUUGAACCACAACCAACGUUAAGUGAUGUACGUCGAUUAGUGACAGAAUAUGCUAUUCUACCAUUAGGCUCACAGAAUGUUCAUGAAAAGGCUCCGUUCAUAAAAUCUCUUCUAUUGGCUGGACCACAUGGAACUGGUAAACGUUCGUUGGUCAAUAUUAUAUGUACUGAAACUGGAGCUAAUCUAUUCGAUUUAUCUGCAGAAAAUAUUGCAGAUAAAUAUCCUGGUAAAGAUGGUCUUAGAAUGUUGGUACACCUUGUUUUUAAAGUUGGGCGGCUUCUUCAACCCUCUGUAAUAUUGAUUAACGAUUGUGAAAAAAUGUUUAAAAAGAAGCUUCCCAAAACUGAUUUGACAGAUCCUAAAAGAUUAAAAAAGGAAUUACCGAAAGCGAUGAAGAUUUUAACACCGAGUGAUCGUGUCCUACUUAUUGGUUGUUCAUCAGCGCCAUUUGAAGCAGAUAUUCGACCAUUUUGUAAAUUAUAUCAAAAAAUUAUUUUAAUACCAAGACCAGAUUAUGCUUCUAGAAAUAUUAUCUGGAGAACACAAAUUAUACGUCAUGGAGGAAUACUAACAGAUGAAUUAGAUAUUACUUCAUUAACAAAAAUAUCUGAUGGUUAUACAUCUGGUCAAAUAGCUCAAGCAUGUAGUCAAGUUAUUACGGAACGGCGUAUUGCUCAGUUAAGUAGGAGAUGUUUAAAAGCUGAAGAAUUUAUUACACCAUUGUCCCAGGUUGAUCCAGUAUUCGCUGAUGAAGAAGAAGCAUAUAAGGUAUGGUAUCGUAAAACACCUCUUGGUAAACAGAAAGCCUUAGCUAUUCAAGCUGAAAAUGAAGCAGCAUCUGGUGGAGCUAACAAAAAACCUGUUAAAGGUAGAAAAAAAUGA